UGAUGGCUUCCGAUGGCAAUCUCGCGCCUGGCGAUGCGGUGCGGAGAUUUGAGCUCCGCAAGGAAAGCGAGCUGCGCGUCGAGGUAGGCGUCGAUGGGCCGCUCAGGAUGCAGCUCGUGGCCGGCACGGCGGAGAUUUUCGGCACGGAGCUCCCUCCACAGUACUGGCUCACUUUCUCUCCCUCACAAAAAUUUGCUGUUUUUACGUGGGGUGGUGCGCUUCUGGAGCUGGAUGGCGUAUCAGAGGUUGCCUAUGUCGCUGAUGAGACACCGAUGGUGAGCUACGUCAAUGUUCAUGCGGUGCUUGAAAACAGGCGCAGGAGAGCUCGCGAAGCAGCAAUUUCUCUUCACAACGCUCCUGGCGAGAUUCCAAAUCCACUCACGCAGGGACCCAGAGUGAUGGUUGUUGGCCCGACUGAUUCUGGAAAGAGUAGUCUUACGAAGAUGCUCCUUGGCUGGGCUGCUCGUCAGCAAUGGAAACCAAUGUAUGUCGACCUCGAUAUUGGUCAAGGAUCUAUCACGCUCUCGGGAGCAAUCGCUGCAACUCCCGUCGAGACGCCUGUUGAUCCCGUGGAAGGGAUCAUUCUGGAUGUCCCUCUUGUUUACUUUUAUGGUCACACCACUCCCAGCGUAAACACUGAAUUGUAUAAAAUUCUGGUGAAAGAACUCGCGCAUCAACUGGAUCUACAAUUUGCGUCGAACAUAGCAACUCGCUCUUCUGGAAUGGUUAUCAACACCAUGGGCUGGGUCGAUGGUGUUGGUUAUGAGUUGCUUCUGCAUUCCAUCGAGGCGCUAAAUGCUAAUGUCAUUCUGGUUUUGGGCCAGGAGAAAGUGUACAGUAUGCUGCACGAUUAUUUGAGAUUAAAGCCUGGCGUAGAUGUUGUCAAGCUUCAAAAGUCUGGUGGUGUGGUGGCUCGCAACCAGAAGUACAGGCAGCAAAGUCGUUUCACGCGAACAAAGAACUACUUCUAUGGUCGAUGGAACGAAUUAUCACCUCAUGCCUCCGUUGUGAACUUUCAAGACAUCCAAGUCGUCCGCAUUGGUGGCGGGCCUCAGGCUCCUCGUUCAGCUCUUCCCAUCGGUGCCGAGCCUACCGCAGAUCCUACCAGAGUUGUCCCUGUUAGCAUUAACCGAGACCUUGUCCACGCAGUGCUUGGAGUUUCCUACAGCAAAGAUCCAGAUCAAGUUCUUGCAUGUAACGUUGCCGGAUUUGUCUACGUCACUGAAGUAGAUCUUAACAGGAAGAAACUUACAUAUGUUGCUCCCUGCCCUGGGCCUCUUCCAAGCAAUAUACUUAUUGCAGGAUCCUUGCUAUGGGUGGAGUGAAUAUCAAGACACCGGUUUUGCUUAAUAGAAUGUAAGAUAGGGUUCUCCAAUUGAGAUGGCCAUGGCAAAUGCAGUGUU